AUGAUUCAAUAUGAUGUGAACCCCGGGCAAAACACAAUACGUCGUCGUUCAACGGAGUCCAGUGUAACUAUACCAUUUGAGCGUACUUUCCGCAAUUUAGAUGGAAGUCGUCCUGCGGCAGGCUCACCUGAAGAAUUGGAAUUCAAUUUCUGCGGUUGUGGCUGGCCACAGCAUAUGUUGAUUCCCAAAGGUUUACCAGAGGGUAUGCCCUGUGAAAUAUUUGUUAUGGUGUCGAAUUAUGAAGAUGAUAGAGUUGAUCAAGAAUUGGUUGGCAGCUGUAGCGAUGCUGCUUCUUAUUGUGGUGUUCGUGAUCGUCGUUAUCCAGAUCGUCGUUCCAUGGGUUAUCCUUUCGAUCGUUUACCACGUACUGGCGCAGAUCGAUUGGUCAAUUUCCUUACUCCCAACAUGAGUCUUCUUGACGUGGUUAUUCGUCACGACAAUCGAACUGUUAGUCGCCCAGCAGCUUAACUAUUCGAAACUGUUUUGUUCUUCCAAAAUUGAUGACAUCAGGCCAGGAAAUUGUUGUAGCGAUUAUUUUUCAAAUUUCAUUAAUUAAUUUUUUAUA